AUGAGGAUAUGUGUAGACAUGCGUUCAGUGAAUCGCGCGAUUAUCCGUGAACGUCACAUCAUACCGACCAUCGACGAUAUCGCUGCAGACUUAAAUGGCUGCAAAGUGUUCAGCAAGUUAGAUCUGAAGCAGGGUUACCAUCAGGUUCUUUUACACCCUGACUCCCGAAACCUGACCACGUUCUCAACACAUGUAGGAUUGUGGCGUUACAAGCGUCUCAACUUCGGGAUGUCAUGCUCCGCCGAGAUAUUUCAAAACAUCGUUAGUGACGUGACCAAGGGAAUUCCGGGUGUUAGUAACAUUAGUGCCGACAUCUACAUGGGAGGUGUUGACACCGAGCAACACGAUGCGCGUCUGAAACGUGUGCUACAACGUCUGACCGAGUCGAAUCUGACAAUUAAUGUUCCCAAAUGUGAAUUCCGCGUUCCGACAAUGUUGUUCUUUGGACAUCAAUUCAGCGCUAAAGGAAUCUCACCGGACCCAAAGAAGGUCGCAGACUUGAAAGCAAUCACGCCACCGGCUAGUGUAACUGAAGUCAAGAGUCUGUUGAGUUCCGCGUCAUUCUGCUCGCGGUUCAUCAAAGACUUUGCGAUCAUAACGAAACCGCUGCGUCGUCUGACAUGCAAGGAUGUUCCCUGGACCUGGGGAAAGGAAGAACAAUCUGCGCUAGAAAAGCUACAAGCUGCAUUGUCCGAAAAGACCACGCUAAGCUACUUUGACCCAGAGAAGCCCACUACGUUGUUUGUGGACGAAUACCGACCAGGACCGAACAAUCCAGCAGACUAUGCAUCGCGUCAUCCCAUAUCUGCCCCAAGUGUAUUGGACAUUGAUGACGAGCAAACUGCUGACAAGUAUGUUGCCUAUGUCGCGCAGAACGCUGUCCCGAAGGCAAUGACUUUGUCCGAGAUCGAGCUAGCAACCAUGCAAGACCCGCUGCUUCAGGCCACAAUGGUAGCCAUGAAGUCUGGUGAGCUAACGUGUACCGAUACCCUUGUCUUGAAAUCGAACCGCAUCGUAGUACCGACUAGCCUUCAGGAAAGAACUGUGAACAUCGCACAUGAAGGACACCUCGGUAUUGCUAAAACCAAGGGCCUAUUGCGAGAGAAAGUGUGGUUUCCGCUUAUGGACAGACUGGUUGAGCAGAAAGUCAGAUCUUGUUUACCAUGCCAAAUCGCGACACCCAUGGUAACACGUGAACCGCUACAAAUGUCACCGCUACCAGAAGGCCCAUUCGAGAAGAUAAGUGUAGACUUUGCCUAUGCUGAAGGAGAAAAUGUACUUCUUCUCGUUGAUGAAUACUCACGAUUCCCAUUUAUCGAGCCAAUCCGCUCCACUGCUGCUCAGUGUGUGAUUCCGAAGCUCGACCGAAUCUUCUCCACGUUUGGUACACCAGAAACAGUCAAAUCCGAUAAUGGUCCACCGUUUGAUGGCCACGAGUUUGCGAAAUUCUCUGAGACCGUCGGAUUUAAAACAUAA